UCAUGUUAUGAAAUCCAACAUACUCAACAUGUAGCCUUGCUGGCAGAUCUCCUACAGCCCGAUGUCGACUGCCGCCAGACGUCUUCCGACGGGAUAGUGCGUCAGGAAGGAGGUCUAAAGUAAAGGUUAUGGAUCGCUUCCCGGCCGCCCUCCUCCUCUUCCUCGUCCUCCUCUUGUCUGCGGUAAUCGGCCUGGUCCGGGCUGUGAUCGAUCAGCCUGAUCAAUAUGACUACUGCGUGCUGGGGGCGGGCCCCGCCGGGAUGCAGGCGGGACAUUUCCUCGCCAAAGCCAACAGGAACUACGUCAUCCUAGAGCGGAACUCGGGCCCUGGGAGUUUCUUCAACAUCUACCCAAGACACCGGAAGCUGAUCAGCAUCAACAAGAUCUACACCGGGAGGCGGAACCGGGAGUUCAACCUGCGCCACGACUGGAACUCCCUGCUGAGUGACAGGCCUGACCUGCUGUUCCAGCGAAUCAGCCGCGACCUGUACCCGCCGGCCGACGCCUACCCGCGCUACCUGUCCCUGUUCGCCGAGGAGCUGGGGCUGGAGGUGCGCUACGGCGUGGACGUGGGGAGGGUCCGGGCCGUCCAGACCCCCUCGGGCCGGAGGUACAUGCUGACGGACCGGAAGGGGACGGAGUACAGCUGCAGGGUGCUCCUGGUCUCCACGGGGCUGUGGGACCCCCAGAAGGUGGAGUUCCCGGGCUGGGACCUGACGGAGGGCUACGAGUCGGUGUCGGUGGACCCCGAGGACUUCGUGGACCAGGCGGUGCUGAUCCUGGGGAAGGGGAACUCGGCCUUCGAGACGGCCCAGAGCAUCCUGGGCCGGGCCAGCCGGGUGCACCUGUACAGCCCCAGCCCGGUGCGCCUGGCCUGGCAGACGCACUACGUAGGAGACCUCCGGGCGGUGAACAACGAGCUCCUGGACACCUACCAGCUCAAGUCCCUGGACGGGCUGGUGGAGGGCGGCCUGGAGGACAUCGCCAUCGUCCGUCGCCACGACGACCAGGGCCCGCACCCCUCCACGCCGCCGCCGCGCAGGAGGGGCCGCCGGGCAGGGGGGGCGGGGCCCCGGGAGACGGAGGGGGAGGAGAGGGGGGAGGGGAGGAAGGGGGGAGGAGGGCGGCUGUACCUGACGCUGGCCGAUCUCCUUGACAACCAGGACGUUAGGAACGGGUCGCGUGUCGCCGCCGCCAACCUUCCGGCGUAUCACUAUGACAACUUCUCCCUGCGGCAGCCGUACGACCGCGUCAUCACCUGCCUCGGCUUCACCUUCAACUUCUCCAUCUUCGACGGCUCGGCCCGACCCCCCAACAGUGAGGUCGCCCGGGGCCGCCUGCCGGCCGUGAGCCCCUGGUACGAGGGCCGGGGCACCCCGGGGCUGUUCGUCCUGGGGACCGCCGCCCACUCCCGGGACUACCGCUCCUCCGCCGGGGGCUUCAUCCACGGCUUCAGAUACACAGUGCGAGCCGUCCAUCGUGUGCUGGAGCAGCGCUACCAUGGCAACCGGUGGCCGUCGACGCCCCUGUCCGUCACCCAGCUGCACUCCUGGAUCCUGAGGCGGGUCAACGAGGCGUCGGGGCCCUACCAGAUGUUCGGGGUCCUGGGUGACGUGGUCCUGCUCCAGGGCUCCCAGUGUGAGUACCUGGAGGAGUUCCCGGUCCAGGCGCUGCCCCAGCUGCCCUCCCUGGCGGGGCACCCCGUCCCCCAGGGCGGGCUCCUGGUGCUGGUGAUGCAGUACGGGCUGAACCGCUCCGACUCCCUGGGCCCCGGCCGCUCCGAGUCCGAGUGGACCAAGGCCUGGAGGUCCAACUUCCUGCACCCCGUGCUGUACUACUACGACCGCCUGCCCACCGAGCGCGACAUGCGGCGCCGGCCCGCCGGUUGGCCGUUGCCGCGGCCCAAGGCGGUGCAUCACAUGAUCGAGGACUUCCUGACGGAGUGGGAUGGCCCCGUGUCACAUGGUCAGCCACUGCGACGCUUCCUGGAGCACUGCCUCCAGACGGACCUCAGGGCCUUCUACGCAGAGACCUGUUUCCUCCUGUCCCUGACCCAUCGGAGGCCCCCGCUGUUCUGCCAGCGGGGGUACCUGGAGCGGCAGGGCGUGGCCGGAGAGGCCCGGGCGUGGCGGCCCCCCAGGGACGAGGCCCCGCCCUUGGGGCACGACUCCGACUCGUCUGAGGCCGGCCCCUCGCUCCCGAGCUACCUGAGCCCCGCGGGAACCUCGGUCUCACUGGGCUCCAAGCUGGAGCUCUGACUGGCUACGCUAAUCGCUAAUACGCUAACCGCUAAGCUAACGGCCUGAAGUCUGGGGCCCCUCCCUCGCUCUUUACCUCGUUCACAACCAGACCUUUCACUUGACAAACCAAAAAGACAUGGUUGAUAUACCACUGGAGGGAAAACUAGGAGUAUGGUUAGUAGUAGAGGUGUUCCGCUCCCAGCCCAAGGGUCCUGGGUUCGAACCCCAAUGUCCGCGGUCUACUUGUACCUGCUCCUCGAUGAAAUGUGUCUCAAAUAAAUUCACUGUAACUAGCUUUGAAUGGAAGCAUCUGCUAAUGACUAUAUGGUAAAAAUAAAAUGUUUUUUUAAUGAGAUGGAAAGUAAGGGUACGUUUUUACAUCAAGGUGAACGUUUACAUUAUAUGAAAUCCUGUUAUGCAUUAUUCACUGUUUAUUUUUAUACUUUGUGUUAAGAUGACAUGUAAAAAACACAUUAAAACGAGAUUGUAUAC